AUGACAGAUGAAUACCCAAUAGUAUCUAAUAACAAUAUUAAUAGUAGUAAUAGCAAUAGCAAUAGUAAUGGUAAUGGUAAUGGUAAUAGUAAUGGCAGUAUAGUGUUGCCACCACAUCCUCAGAGAAUAUCAAUAAAGAAGCUGUUGGAGGAGAAUGAGUUGUUCAUCAGUACUAUAGUGGAGAACCAGAAUGCCAAUAGACUACAUGAAUGUGUCGUUUACCAACUUAAACUACAUCAGAACCUUUGCCAUCUGGCGGCGAUCGCUGAUACACAACAACAACUUCUCAAACAACAGUCGCUCCACCUGUUGAUCCAGAAGACACAGCAACAACAACUACAACAAGCACAACUACAACAACAGCAGCAACUGCUACAACAACAGCAACAACAACAACCCAAACAUACAGAUACCAAUCAAUCCAAACAGAUGACGACAUCUCCUCCUACUUCAUAUGUACAUUCAUCUUCACCAACCUUUAACAACAUGGAGUCAUCACCAUCACAAGAUGCAGACAACAUGGAUACAGCUGGAGGUUAUUCAUCGUCUCCACCCGUUGACUCUCCUCCCCACUCUCAGGCAGAUGAUGUGCCAUCACAAAUGUCUGACAAUGGACAUCAUCAACUUCAUCAGGCGCAAUCACAAUCACAAUCACAACUACAACAAUGGCGAAACAAUCAAAAGGAUCGACCAACCUCCAAGUACAUAAUAACCCCAAGCAACACAGACAUUGCCUCAAUCUUUGGCAGCCAUCGAUUUCCUCCUCCACCAUCAUCCACAACAACAUCGACAUCAUCCACUCCCAUGCCAGUCCCAGCACAAGCACCAGCCCCGACACAUGUACAUUAUACCCAAGCAACACCUCCACAGAUCGAAUCAUUACCUCCACCUGUAGCGCUGGCGACACAUUGGCAGACGUCCAAUCUGCUGACGACAUCACAGAAGCAACAAUUGGAAUCAUUACAGGAAAGACACAAGCAGCUGCAGGCGCAGAUAUAUACUUACAGGACAUCAAAGGUGCCUAAACUGAAGCAGGCCAAGUCACCAUUCCAACAGCUGCAGCUGAUGAACUGCCAGAUGCAGAUCGAUGCCUGGGAGCAACAGCUCAGGAAGAUUGAGACGAUCCUGGCGUCGCAGCCACACGAGCAAGAGCAAUACCUCGAAGACAAUGAAGUUAAGAAGCUGACGAGACAAGUCUCGUCGGCCCCGUGA